AUGACUUCACUCUCCACGUUAUUCACAACCGGCGCACACAGCAAGGCGCACGACGCGCUGAUAGGCAGGCUGGAAGAAUCCGAUGCGGGAUCUUCCGAAGCCCAGCGGGAGAAAGCGGCGCUGCUGCAGUUGCUCGCUGGCCAGACGGAGAGUGGGCAGAUAAGCGAGAUACUAAUAAUGCUAAUGAACGCGGAUAUCUACGACAACACGCGCGGCACAUACGACACCAUGCAUAGCGCACUAUACCCCGCCAUAUCACUAGCAGAGCGGGGCACACUGCGCGAGAAGCGUGUGGGAUAUAUGUACAUAGCACAGUAUGGGCAGGCGCACACGGACGAUCUCCUGCUGCUCGUCAACACACUCUCGAAGGAUCUGAGUAGCGGGUGCAUUCCGCGCGUACUAAUGGCACUGCACCUCGUUAUACACCGCCCUUUCUCGCAAGUCGUCCCGGCCGUGAGCAAGACGAUGGUGGCGCUGCUCCAUCACUCCACCUCUUUAGUGCGAAUACGCACCGCGCAGGCCAUAUCCCGCCUUUUGUCUGUAGGCGACGGCGGGUUUGACGGGGAUAUUCUGCGUGAAUGGUGUGAUGAUAACGAGGAUAAUAACGGUAACGAUAACGAUAAUGAUAACGAUAACGAUAACGAUAACGUUCAUGAGAAUGAGAUUGGCGACGGCUGGUUGGUAGCGAAACUCCACCUCAGACGACAACUAGAUGAGCAGCCCAGACAGGCGAUAUACGCACGCAAAUUACGUCAUCUAAUAGAUAGCCGGGAUAGUCACGAUAGUCACGAUAACCAACAAAACAACAGAGACACUCUCGCACUACAUCCUCUCUACACACUGCACCUCUUACACACACUUGCACGACGCCUUGAGCAGCCAGUGCAACCUGGGCAAAAUGAGGAGCUCGCAACGAUACCCACAAAGGAGCUCCUGGAGCAGCUGAGUACGACCGCCUCGCCCUACAAACACGCUAUAGGAGUGGAAGUGAUGAAGGUGAUAGCGAUGGUAGCGGUGAGGGGAAAUGCAGCGGACAACGCGGCUUUUCUCCCUCUUCUCUCCACCUACAUCGCCCAGUUAGUGGGAGACACACGCGCAAACACCCCCAACCACAGACACGGUGUGCUGGCACACAUACUCGCCCUCCCGCCCCACACUGCCAACAGUAUCCUGGGCGAGAAGGAAACAGUGUAUGUGAUGGAGACUCUCGAUCACCCCGAUUACAGCUUGCGCAGGAAGGCCGCACAUGUGCUCAAACAUGUCAACAUACACAUCCUCACUCAAUACCAUCGCCUCCUCCACGCUGCCAACCCGCAACGGGCGGCGGAGCUGAGCGAUCUUGUGUGCACAACCGAAUAG